AAACAAUUCCACCAAAAGCUAAAUAAUGGUGGCUGGUAAAAUGAGUGAAAAGAACAUUUGAACUCAAGUUUGGUACACUUGGUCCAAUGCCAAGAUGUGAAUGACUACAACAAUAACCAAUUUGAUAACCCUGCAGCUCUUCCUCUUAUCACACAGGUCGUUUACAGUCAGAUUUCCAAUCUGACUGCUGUUAUUGGUCAGGAUAUUGGCAACCAGUCCAGCUUCUGCAUUAGGGAUUGGAGACAUUACACAUCACUUGUGUUCAGCAGCAGAAUUGAAGUUUUACUUCAAUAGUUUCUUUGAAAGAUCUGGGAGUACCAAUUACUUGAAACCUAAUAAGAACUGUAAUUUAACCUCAUGGGUAGAAGGCUGUGAGCUGGGAUGGGCUUGUAGUGUUGGCUUAUAUCAAAAGGUUAACCUAAAUGAUUCAAAGGUCAUCCCCGCAAGAACACUCAACUGUCAGGCUUGUUGUGAGGGUUUCUUCUUCCCUCAUGGUCUUACCUGCAUGAUUCGGAAUCCAAACCAUACUUGUGGAGGAGCAAAUAUUUGGGCUGAUGUUGGAAGUAGCAGUGAGUUAUUCUAUUCAGCUGGAUCAUAUUGUCCAAGUACCACCAGCAGACAGACUUGCACUAACAUUACUGCAAGAUGGGUUCUACAUCUGAGAAAAGGUCAUCCAAAUGUGAAGGCCAUGCAUUCAUCUAAAGGUGUUGGUGAGCCUCCAUUUUUUUAUGGCCUCAGCUAUCUUUUUUGUCAUCAAAGAUGCCAUUACAGCUGCAAGAGCAGAAGUGGGUUGUAAUGACUAGUUUGCUCUGGAUAAUCCCGCAACACCCAAAUGCAUCCGGAUGGCUUGUUUGGAUGAGUUGACUGCACCAUUUAUAUGUCUAUUGUUUCCGCCCUAAGCUCAAUGUUUGAUGCAAUAGCCUUAUUUCAAUUUAGCAUAUCUCUCAGUUCUCACUUUGUACAGUUUACUUGUCUUUAACAUGGUGGUUACAAAAUAAAAUGAAAUAAACUGACUCUGCUAGUCAGGGAAGAGCAAGGGGAACACCUUUUUUGUAAGUUAAAUAAUGGUAUUCUCAUUGUUUACUAUGGUACAAGAUGUACUUACAUCAGCACAAUUAGAGGAUCUCAACUUAAAAGAUGUACUUAAAUUUUGUUUCUAGAAAAAAUAUUGUAAUUUCAUUGCUAAUUGCUUCCCCGUUUGUAAUAUGUAAACCUGAAAAUUCAGUUCUCUUUUCUGUCCAUUUUGUUAAUGGAAAGUAUGAAGCAAAUAAAAAUUGAGUGU